AUGCCUAAAGACAAGACUCAGAACCAGUGGAAAUACCUUUUAUGUGCUUCAACUGUUUCUCUUAUGCAGGGUCUUGGCCUUACUUAUAAGCAUAUGAAAGUAAAACAUCUGAGUUUUCCAGCAAAUUCUAUUCUUUUUGCAUUAAAAGCCCUUGGAAUUGCUAGUCUUAUUUGUUUUGGAGCUUUUGGCAUAGGAAUAGCUGCUGUUUCUAAGAUAUUAGAAGUUAACAAUAUUGAGGAAUUUUCAUAUGCUAUGAAAGAUUGUACGAAAAAAUAUUUUCCUUCAUUAAGUCUUAGUUCAGAAAAAACGGAUUACGAAAAUAUAAACGAAAAGUUAUAA